UAAUUAUGUUCUUGCUCUUUUGCUUUCUCUCGUCAUGUUUCCUUAUCUUCACCACCGCAAGAUUCCGACGGAGCUCUUGCCAAGCCGCCACCCUACCUCCUGGACCUCCACGACUGCCGAUAAUCGGAAACAUUCACCAAAUCGGUCAAAACCCUCACCGCUCACUCGCUGACCUCUCUAAAACUUAUGGGCCAAUCAUGAGUCUUAAGCUUGGAUGUUUAAACUCAGUAGUCAUAGGUUCACCAGAAGCUGCAAGAGAAGUACUAAAAACACACGACCAAAUCUUGUCUGGCCGUAAAUCAACUAACUCUAUACGGUCCAUCAAUCACCACGAGGCUUCUGUAGCCUGGCUUCCUCCGUCCUCGGCUCGUUGGAGGUUGUUGAGAAAAUUAUCUGCAAGUCUCAUGUUCUCCCCGCAACGUAUCGAAGCCACCAAAGCUCUGCGAAUGAAGAAAAUGCAAGAGCUUGUGAACUUCGUGAGUGAAAGCAGCGAGAGAGAAGAAGCAGUUGAUAUUUCUCGUGUAUCUUUCAUCACUGUUCUUAACAUCAUAUCGAACAUUUUGUUUUCUGUCGAUUUUGGUAGCUACGACUCGAAAACAUCCAAUGAAUUUCAGGACACGGUGAUUGGUACCAUGGAAGCUGCCGGGAAACCAGACGCUGCUGACUACUUUCCAUUUCUGGGGUUUCUUGAUUUGCAAGGUAAUAGGAAGUCUAUGAAGCAUUGCACAGAGAGGUUGUUUAGGGUUUUCCGUGGAUUUAUGGAUGCGAAAAUAGCAUUGCGGAAUGAAUCUACAGAUGUUUCGAACAUAGAUUUCUUGGAUUCGCUUCUUGCCCUCACCCAAGGAGAUGAAUCUGAAAUCGACAGUAACGAUAUUGAACACCUUCUCUUGGAUAUGUUUGCAGCAGGCACGGAUACAACCUCUAGUACGGUAGAGUGGGCAAUGGCAGAGUUACUUAAAAACCCUAAAAGGAUGGCGAAAGCUCAGGCCGAGAUAGACAGUGUGGUCGGCCAAAACGGUGUCGUUAAAGAGACAGAUAUCUCAGAAAUGCCCUAUUUACAAGCGGUUGUAAAAGAAACUUUACGUUUGCACCCGGCUGUUCCCCUUCUCCUGCCGCGGGAAGCAGAAGGGGAUGUGGAGAUUCUUGGAUUCACGGUGCCUAAAGAUGCUCAGGUUUUGGUGAACGUUUGGGCCAUAGGACGAGACCCGAAUGUGUGGGAAAAUCCGACUAGGUUCGAGCCGGAGAGGUUUUUAGGGAAAGAGAUCGACGUGAAAGGUAAGGAUUGUGAGCUUACACCGUUCGGGGCCGGACGUAGAAUAUGUCCAGGAUUGCCUUUGGCUGUGAAGAUCGUGGCUCUCAUGCUUGCUUCUCUUCUUUAUUCCUUUGAUUGGAAGCUUCCGAACGGUGUCGUGUCUGAGGAUUUGGAUAUGGAGGAGACCUUUGGUAUCACAUUACACAAGACCAACACGUUACAUGCCAUUCCCGUCAAGAAACGCGCCAUUAUUUUGUGAUUGUAAAAUACUUUCUUCUGUUUGCUUAAAAGAGUUCUCAACCAUCUACUCAUCACUUAUCCGGGACUAGUUUUUGUAUGUUUCUAUCAUUCUAUGAUUCUCCAAAGCGUUUAAAAUAAUACGCCAAACAAAAUGUUUGAUUUAUCGUGAACUGUUUCCCUUUCAGUUUUAACUUUAUAAAGCUUGCC